CAACAGAUCAAAAAAAUGAAGUCAGCCCGACGCAACGUCCUUCACCGGGAAACCUCCCAAACAUGCAACACAAGCAUCAUCAUCCUAAUGUCUUCAAGGCUUAAGCAUUCACGAAAGACCUUCUACAUUGUUACACGUCAUUUGUACAAGACGCAAUAGGCAACACGUUUCUUCCAUUUGCUUACCUGAUUUUUCCUAUUUUCAUUGACUCCCUUGAAAGGGGAAUAUGGCCUUCUCCAUAUGCAAAAGAAAAAUACGUAUACUGAAAGUUAUGGUUGUAAAUGCUAGUAUCCGGAAAUGGCCAAAAGAAAUUUUUUUUUGGUAGAUAAAUGGCCAAAAUUUUCAGUUCAAUAGAAACAGUCACCGUACUUCAAUGAAAGAGCACAUGGAUGUGACUUCUUUUUUUUUUUUUUUCUCAAGUCCAAUGUCAAAAAUGGAUUUGGAUCUCUCAAGUUUGGCUGUGAUAAUUCGAGAAUCUAGCACCCAAGCCCAUCAUUGUCUUGUCGAGUCGAAUUUAUCAAAAAUUCCACGCUUUAAUUUGGCGCGUUGUAUUUGUACACUGGAAUGAAUUUCUUUUUUGUUUCUUCUUUUUUUUUCCUCUUUUCCUCAACAUUUUUUUAAAGUCCAUUGAAAUUGCACGCCCACCAAGAUGCAAGAAAGAAAAACAACUCGUCACUUUUCUUUUGUUACAGUACUCCACUUCUCCCUCCAUUUGGACAUUUGGUGGUGGUGGUGGUAUUCACCGUUUGACAGAUUGAAUCUCCGGCUUCUAUGGCUGCCAACCCCCUUUUAAUAUUAUAGAGAGAUAAGAUUAAAGAAAGAAAGAAACCCAUUUUUUCUCCAGUUUCCCAUUUUGUCACUUACAAUUACAAAUAGUUUAUAGGAUAAGUGGCCUUGUCCUAUUAGAAAAACUACUCAUCAGUCAGUCGUGUAUACUGUAUAAUAUAUUCAUCCAUGGAUAGAAGGAGAGAGGCAAUUUAAAAUAAGUAUCAAUUUACAUUUUUUUCUGUCAUAUAAAGAGGGAUUUCAAGAUCCCUGAUGGAUGACCCAGGAGCUAUGUGUUUAGGGUUUUUUUUCCCCUGCGGCUAGAGUGGAUGUAAAAGGGCUCUCUCUCGGAAUCAAGGUAGGAAAAUUCAAUCUCUUUCUUAAAAGAAAAGGGGGGCGUCAUCUUCUCUUUAUAAUUGCACUAUUAGUGAGCUGAGUUUGCAAUCUGACAGCAACGAAAAUUGCUGCUUUUAGGUACCACCCAAGCUACAAUUGCCACUUUUCUUUUUUUUGUCCUAAUACUAUUAUUCUGUUGAAUCUGAAAGCUUUUAAAGUUGCAAACUUUGGGCUUACACUUGUGGGGCUUGGUCAAAAGCAUUGCCUUUCUUUUAUAGUGAAAGGUUAAAAAUGCGAAAAGAAUGGUUGUUUUGGGGUGGUUUUUUGCUGAGCAAAUGAUUUGGGUCUAGUGUACGAAGGGAAGGAUAUGGUUUCUGAGUGUCUCAAGCUGAUCUGUUCAAUGUCAGAAGUUAGAGGUCAGAGAUGGCUCUCUGAGCAUACCCAUUUGAAAACCUAUUGGAUUCAGCAUCAAUUGAAUCAGAAAGAUGGUAUCUUGACCUACCCACCUCCUUUUCCCCUUUCAUCUUCCCCUCCUUAUGUUGUUAGUGAUAAUUUUCACAAGUAUUCAAGUUCUUCUUCAUCAUCAUCUGGUACUAGGAUUAGCCCAGCUGUAUUAUUUAUUAUAGUAAUUUUAGCUGUACUGUUUUUUAUAUCUGGUCUUCUACACCUUCUAGUUAGAUUUCUCAUCAGAAAUCCAUCAUCUUCAGCGUCCUCUCAUUCUAACCAAUACCCAGAAGUUUCCAACUCUGAGGCCCUUCAAAGACAAUUGCAACAACUCUUCAAUUUGCAUGACUCCGGUCUAGAUCAAGCUUUUAUUGAUGCAUUACCUGUAUUCGUGUACAAAGAGAUUGUGGGAGCUAAGGAACCAUUCGAUUGUGCUGUUUGUCUCUGUGAAUUUUCUGAGAAAGAUCAACUUAGAUUGCUUCCAAUGUGUAGUCAUGCAUUUCAUAUCAAUUGUAUAGAUACUUGGCUUCUAUCAAAUUCGACCUGUCCCCUUUGUAGGGGGACCCUUUUCAAUCCCGGUUUUUCAAUGGAGAACCCAAUUUAUGAUUUUGAUGAUCCAAGGGAUGAUGAUGGAUGCACUGGCAUUGUUGAUAAUGGAGUCCCAACUCGCAGGAAGACAGUUGAAAUUGAAGAAGUUGUCACGGAAAAGGGAAUUUUUCCUGUGAGGCUUGGUAAGUUUAGGAAAUUGAAUGGUGAAGGAGGGGAAGCUGGAGGAGAGACUAGUAGUAGUAACUUAGAUGCGAGAAGAUGCUAUUCAAUGGGUUCAUACCAAUAUGUGGUUGGUGAUGCUCAUCUCAGGGUGGCUUUGACCCCUAAGCCGAAUGGUCAAGAAGUGAACCUUCAGGAAGGCAGAGAACAAGCGAAUCGACCUUCUGUUAGUGGAGAUGGAGAAGGAAAGAAGAUUGGCAUUGGAGCCAAAACAGAUAGUUAUUCUGUUUCCAAGAUCUGGCUUUGGCCUAGAAAGGGCAAAUUUGCAAGUUCUGCAGAGAACCAAACAGAAGAUAAUCCUGCUUUCGACAAAGACUUACCAUGGAUGAGGAAACCAGAAGGCAUGUUAUAAGUUAUCAUUCUCAUUUGGUUGAUUGUCACUAGAUCUCUGUAAGUCAGUAUUUGUUUUGCUCCUCGUAGGAAUUUUUGGAUACUGAUGAUGUAGGAAGAUGUUGUGACAUUCAUUGAUAUUAGAGUUCUACAAUGUGAUACAAAGCAUAAAAUGCUCUGAAUCCGCACACAAUUAUUCUUUUUGGCUUCUUGAAGUAUGUUUAAAUCUGAGCAUCAUCUUUUAUACAGAAUCCUAAUUCGCGUACUGUGUGUGUAAAAAUUACAAAUUGAUGAUUGUCGUUUCUAGUAGUAUGUGUCACUGCUUAUUCGUGUCUGUUCAGUCUUCAAAACCGAUAGCUUAAUAAGGGUGGGGUGUUCUGUCGAUGAUCUCUCUUUUCUGUAAUAACUACUUCCUUCAUCCUGAAAUGAUUAUCUUGUUUAGAUUUUCAUUUUUCGUACAAAUUGAACUAAAAGUGAAACUUCAAACAUGGCAAUCAUUUUAGGACACGAGUAAUUGUUAUCAGUGGCUUCAAAAGGAGACCAUUAUUUUUUUUGUUCAGUGCAUGUUGCUCUUAUAACUAAUAAGAGUUUACUCAGUUUUGUUGCAUCCAUAUGUCCUUUGUUAACAAGGGGGAUUAGCUAUGCAUCAGUAGUAUCCGACAACUAUGUAGGUUAGGUGAUUCAGAUAUUUAACUUUCUUCACGUUGACAUCGUCUGUGAUCAUGAUGAACUGGAAAUGAGAUACAUCCCAAUGAUGAAAUUGUCUUGGGCUUCAUUUAGUUUUUGCAUAAUCCCACUUUGCUUUUUAGUUUUUAUCUUUUUAAGUUUCUGUGUUUUUGGAAGCAUACAGUUGUCCGGCAUUCAGGUGAGUUGCGUUGAGGAUUAAACAUUUCUGAUUUAAUACAGGCCUGUUUUUUCAUCAAGUGUUACGAUGAAAAUUAAACCUUUGUCAUUUGUUACAGGCCUAUUUUCUCCGCAAGCGUAUCAAUCGCCUCCUUGCUUGUGACUGGGUCAAAUGCGUCCUCUUUGUUGUUGUUUAGAGCCUCAAAUCAGCGAGUAUAUCCGAAAUAUUUCAUCUGUUCUAAAAUUAAUGACCAAUUUAUAUUUUUAUUUUUAGUACAUUAACUAGACAUAAUUUCAAGACGAAGGGAAAAUUUAGACGGACAUCGUUAACCAUAGCACUUCUAUGAGAAUAUAACACAAUACGAGGUGGGUGAACAACUAAACGAAAAUGUGGGGCAGAGUAAUUUUUCCAGAACUUCCAUAAGACCAUCUCCAACGCUUGGAGGAAUCACCAAUUUGGUUCUUGUACCAUGUCCAAGGCAGCGCGGUUCAUGGCACCAGUUAGUAGUUCAUGAACUAUAGUUUGGAUGGGGGCUUGAAAAGUUUAAAACUUUACAUAACGAGGUAGUGGACUUUUUCAAAAUCAAGAUUGAGAAUUGUGAAGCACAAGUAAUCAAUAUGUUGUCCAACUUUGGGGUAUCUGAAGCAAUUAUUCAUUCCGCAUCAUAGAGCGUUCAUCAUUUAUUUAUUUAUUUGUAAUUUGAAUCGUAAUACUAUUUGGGAACAAUCCGUCCGAUUUGAAUCGGCGAAUUCUCAUUUUUCAGAUUUAAGAGUUGAAGCUGUCCCUCCGUCAUGAUUGAUGAGG